AUGUCAAGUCAAAUGGAAGAAGUCAAAGCACUGAUUCAUUCAAGUAAAGUCUUUAACGAAGACACUGUGACCAAUGAGGUUGAGUGGUUCUACGGUCCAUUGGGUAUCCACGAAUUCUACUUUAUGGGCCAGUCACCACAAGUUAUCGCACACCAUAUCAAGAGUCUUAUUGCUGCCAAGCUCAUGUCCAAAGCCUCGAAUCGCCCUGAUGUCAAACUCGAGCAAGAAGACGACAAUGGAGCUUUCUUCUCUGUGCUAAGUAACGUCGUGGGCAGUACCAAUGAGCCCAGUCGUCGUGCUGCUCGUUAUGAUGCUGGUAUCACGGAGACUGAAGUACUGGAACGUCGUCUUGAGAAACACUAUUUCAGUGGCUCUAGUGGUGUCAUUGGUGACGGUGUCAAAGCCGGUUAUCAAUACUUGGAAAAAACAGAAGCUACCAAGAGACGUACCUAUCGGAUGCAAUGCUACCGUUCUAGUGGUGUCCUCGACCCCCUUUCUGUACCUUACCACGUACGCAUGUACUUCUUACAAGAACCGAUCUUUGCAGAUCCCAAUGUGAGCGAAACCGAGACCGACAUCAAUAAAGUGGCUGACAAGGUAUUCCUUGAACGCUCUGGUCCACACCUUAAAGAAGUUUACCAAGAGUGCAUCAUUAAAGCCAUGGCUCAAAUGACCCCUGCUUUUCAUUCUGAGGUCUGGACUGAGUCAGAUGGUUCCAAGAUGGCUCGUCUUGCUAUUGCCUAUCGUAGCGGUGCUACGCACUCAUACUUUUCCAGUAUCGCCGACGUCUACCGUCAGCACGGCCUGUUCUCACAACGCAAGUACGCCGAGUUUUUCGCCAAUGGUAUCGUCAUCUACACCUUUUACCUGCAAAUGCUUGAUAAACCUGCAGCCGGUAAAGGGUCGUUUAAUGACCGUCUCAGUGCCGUUGUGAACGACGCCUCAAUGCACUUUACGCUGCCUCGCACGUCGCUCACUCCCAUGCUCACGGAUGGUUUGUUAACACCACAGCAGAUUGCUUACGCGUACGCAGCUUGGAAGUUUACGUUUCAUUUCAUGCAUCGACUGCCCGAGUCAUUUGCCAUUGUGAGCAAGUCGCUACGUGACCGCGACCCGAACGCGUUUGCUCGUCUGGAGCAGCUCCGCUCCACCAUGAAACUCAAUACGUACACAGAGUCACAGAUUCUGGACCAUAUUCUAAGCUCGGCUGAGAUUGUCAAGAUUCUUUACGCGGAGUUCCAGGCCCUGCACGAACCAACAAAGGACAGAAAGCGUGCCGAAGUAAACAUUGGCGCUACGCUUUCGACAUUGCGCAAGUCUAUUGUGGCCGAGCAGGCCUUGCAGAUCUUUUCUUUGUUCCACGUGUUUAACAAGCACAUCAAGAAGACCAACUUCUUUGCCAACGACAAGGCUGCUCUUGCCUUUCGCCUUGACGGUAAGUUUCUGAGCAAGACGGAAUUCCCGGAUGAACCCUACGCCGUUAUCUACGUCAUUGGCUCGGAGUUCCGUGGCUUCCACGUUCGCUUCCUCGACGUUGCUCGUGGUGGAAUCCGAAUGAUUCGCUCCUCGCAUGCCCAAGUGUACCUGAACAAUGCUUCGUCACUCUUUGACGAGUGCUACGGCCUCGCCUCGACGCAGCACCGUAAGAACAAGGACAUCCCGGAGGGUGGUUCCAAGGGUGUUGUGCUGCUCAACCAGGCUCACCAGGACAAGGCGGAUGUUGCUUUCCGCAAGUACAUUGACGCCGUGCUCGAUCUCAUGCUCAUGAAGGAGCCUGAAGAGGAUAUUCUGUUUCUGGGUCCCGAUGAGGGUACGGCACACCUCAUGGACUGGGCCAGCUCGCAUGCCAAGAAGCGUGGCUACUUGUACUGGAAAGCCAUUACGACGGGCAAGUCGGCUUCGCGUGGUGGUAUUCCGCACGACGUGUAUGGCAUGACCACCCAUAGUGUACGCGAGUACGUAAUUGGUAUCCAGCGCAAGCUGCAACUUCAAGCGCCUAUCACCAAAGUACAGACAGGUGGUCCUGACGGUGACCUUGGUAGCAACGAAAUUAAGAUGAGCCCGCAAGAGGAGACCAUCGCUAUCGUGGACGGUUCGGGUGUAUUGUAUGAUCCCAAGGGCAUCGACCGCGAGCACCUUGUAAAGCUUGCAGACGAGCGUAGCCCUAUCUCGGGUUUCGACACAAGCAAGCUGUCUUCGGAGGGCUAUUCAGUCCUCGUCUCGCACAACGAUGUCACACUUCCCAAUGGCGAGGUGGUGGAGAACGGCACGGAGUUCCGUAACUUCUUUCACUUGCGCCCAAGCCUGACGGCUGACUUUUUCGUGCCGUGUGGUGGUCGCCCGGCUGCCGUAAACCUCAACAACGUCGAGCAGUUCAUGUACCGGGAAGAUGGCCGCACGCUCCGGUUCAAGUACAUCGUGGAGGGCGCUAAUCUCUUUUUCACGCAAGACGCCCGUUCUCGUCUCGAAGAUGCCGGUGUGAUCCUGUUCAAGGACGCUUCGGCCAACAAGGGUGGUGUCACCUCGUCGUCUCUCGAGGUGCUGGCUGCUCUUUCCAUGACGGAUGAGGAGUUUGCUGAGCACAUGCAGGUUGACGAAGCCACCGGCAAGCGCCCAGCUUUCUACGCUGAUUAUGUAAGCGAAGUGCAGAAGCGUAUCGAUUUAAAUGCCCAGCGGGAGUUCGAGUGCAUCUGGCGUGAACACGAGCGCUCGGGCACGUACUACUCAGUGCUGACAAAUCAGCUCAGUGAGCGUAUUACGGACCUAAGUGCCAAGAUCCAGCACUCGACACUCUGGGAAAACGCGCUGCUGCGCGAGAAGAUCUUCGAGGACGGCUUUCCCAAAAUUCUUUUGCUCAAGACCUCAAAAGAGGAGCUCCUAAAGCGCUUGCCGGAAAGUUACACGCGUGCUUUUUUCGCGUCGCAACUUGCGAGCCGCUUCAUCUACAGCGUCGGCCUCGGCGCUCCCGAGUUCUCGUUCUACGAAUUCAUCGAGAAACUCAUUGGCGGCAAGUAA